AUGUUUGCCGUAAAGAACCUCUUGCAACGCUUGUUGAAACUCGUACUGAGCAUAUUCCUCAGCAGUAGCCUGCGCAGCUGGCUUGCUCGGCUGCUCUUGGGUUCAUGCUUCACGUGUAUCGCAUUGUCACUCUCCAUCUGGGGUAUUGUAGGCCCCGAAAAUCUGAUCCCGAUGGUGGUCCUCAAUGUCACCAUACUUUCCCAUCACUCGUAUGUCAUGACUAAACGUGAGGCAUUAAAGGAGAAGCCCCGGUUCGGAUCCUUAGUCGACUUUAUCCUCACCACGGCUGAAUGCACGUUUGUGCCUUACUUUGUGCAACCUUGGAGCUGGUACGGAAAGGAUCCUUAUGAGAUGCCUGCUGUUACCUUUCUCGUCACGUCCGCGAUCUACGUCCAGAUAGCAUGCCUCUGCCUGCUCUUGAUGGCCAUUGAUGAACCCUCGGGGGUGGUGACCAAACCAUUUGACUUUUAUGCCAUGACAAAGGGCGACAAACCACCGUCCUUACCCAUUCACCGCAUAGUUGCGGGGCCCGCCAUCAGCCAUGACCAGCAUAAGUUUGUCCCCCUCCUCAGACGCAGUUUCGUCACGGUCAUUGCGUUGGUCCUCCUCGCAUUCUCGUUCACCAACCUCGUAUUUGGACCUGUUCAAGAGGCGGCUAUGAGCCCUUAUAAAAUAUAUACCACACCUACCACACUAACGUUGAAUAAUCCGGCCGUUGUUGGUGAGAAUUGGAGAAUUGUUGCUUGUUCACAACUUGCCAUUGGCAGCUCGCUAGAAAUGUGGGACAACAAGACCGUUUCCAUCUGCGCCUUCAAAAACCUCGAGCCUGCUUUCCAGGCUAUGAAUUCGGAGGAUAACGUUAAAAUGGUUGUGUUCGACUGUCCCCUUGGAUGGCCUGACGUUUUGAUAACCGUCAACUUCACUACUCUCGGAAUCAACGGCACAUUUCCAUCGAAUUCUGCAUCUAGCGCCGUAUCGAUCGUGGUUGGCAUGUACAACGAUACCGGGGGCGUAAUCCGAAACACAUGGCCAAUCCCUCUUGUCCCUGAUGCGCAUCUUUUUGGAGGGGUUAUUGCAACUAUCCGAGAGCAGUUCAGGAGGCCGGGAUUGGCAUCUUUGGGUAUCUUCAGCUCUACAGAGGGGUUCUAUAUUGGUGCCGUCCCAUUCCUGUCGUCAGACCCUUCCUUGCAAGUUCCUCGACACAACAACACUGCCACGCUACGCUUGUACCUACAAGACGAUUACUCUGACUGGCAUGUCUCUGUCGAGUAUCGAGAGAAAUCUGUCUUGAGUGGACUAGCCGCAGUGGGAGGCUUCUGGACGGUGCUCAACGGUUUAUUUGCCACGAUAUUUGGGACGACGCUGUUGCCUGACGAGCCUGGCGAGCGUUAUCGAAACCUCUGUCAAUCUGACAAAGGGAUGUUGGAUUACAUCCAUGACCACUUCGUCGAUUUGAGCCCAUUCGAGGGUAAUCGACCUAUCCAUGAAAUUACCAACCCAGUCUAUGAUCACUGGCAUUGA